CCCAAUCACGCCAUGCCAUGACAUUUUUUCAUCCAGAUCAGGGCUGCAAAUUUUCUGCUCCCAUAUGUACCAGCAGAACAACCAUUGCGUUCACGUCUUCGGGAUCCCAACCCUUCUAACUUCCACAGUAGUCGACUUCACUUUCUGAUGCUUUGCCUUACUUGGUAGGCAUCACAUUUGAAUUCAGGUCCGUGUCUCCAUGAUAAUUGGAAAGGGAUUUGAUGAGAAAGUUUCCUAUAACCUGCUUACCAUGUACUCUGACUGUGAUGGGACAUUGCUCUCAUAUCUUGCUAGCAAAUGAUUCCUCUGUUGCAUGAUAGCAAGUGGUUUAUCCAGAUAUCCACCGCGCUUCCAGCCGCACCACCAAGCCUUGAUUCGCGGAAUUAUUGCGCCUCCGACAAUGACAGGUGAUGUUUUGAGUCUAGCGCCUAACAUACCAGCGUCAAAUAUCCUGUUGUGAGCUCAAGUGGGCUUUCGUUCUUUGUUGUAUGCUGACGAAUUUCCCCGCCCCCUCAGAGAUUGUAGGUCUGCGUCGACUCACGCCACCGCGUGUCAGCUCGCGCCUUUCUUUCCGCUAUCCAAUCAGGAGCCGUCCGUUAGCCCAUGACAUAGGCACGAUUUAUCAACCAUCUAUUUCGGUCGGCAGCCUGAUGUGAACAAAGAUGUCGGGUGUUGUACAAGGCCUACAAAAUCUGCUGGAAGGUCAGAUGAGUGACACCACCAAGAGGCUGCAGCAUACACCUUGAUCUCGUCCAACCUAUCAAUAUGAAACUCAGCAGCAUCUUCAGCCUGGUGGGACUUGUUUCCCAGACCACCGCCAUAACCUGGAACGUCUCGGUCGGCAAGAAUGGCCUCACCUUUGAGCCCAACGAAAUCCGAGCCGGAGCUGGCGAUAUUAUUCAGUUCAUCUUCUGGUCCAGAAACCACAGCGUGGUAGCGGGAGAGUUCACCAGGCCCUGUAUCCCUCGUCUCACUGGCGGCUUUUGGUCAGGUUUCUUCCCCACUGCGGUAGAUACCAUCAAUUCCCAACUCUUCCGCGUCCAAAUCAACAGCUCGGAACCAUUCGUCUUUUACUGUUCUCAAAACAACGGCCAGCACUGCAAGAACGGCAUGUUCGGCAUCAUUAACCCCGGCGUGACAGGCAUCACCACUCUCUCCAGCUACCGAAACCUCGCCGCGGGGGCAGGCAACGCCACUUCGCCAAGGGUCCCUUCCUUUGGGGGCCAGAUUGGGGAGAAUCCCAACACUUCUGUGCCGCCGAGCUCGUCGACCUCGACUUCCUCUGCGGCGACAAGCACUGUUUUGACUAGCACAAGCACCAUCACGAGCGGCACUGUGACUUCUGCUACGACUAUCACCUCCACUAGCACUGGCAGCAGCACGUCAACGAGGACUGGAAAUGCGGCUGCCAGGACGGGUGCACCUGUUGCGGCGCUGGUAGUUGCUGGAGCUGCAGCUAUGUUCUUUGUUUGAGUCAGGUGUGAUGAUGGUGGCGAUUGCGUGAUGCUUGGGGGGUGUCCGGAUGGGGCUAUGCCGCGGUUCGGACUCAAGUUCAAGUUCUUUGUUUAACAUUUUGUUGUUGUGGUUAUUAUUGUCAUCUUGGGCGGUUUACCCCUGAAACAUUACUCAGGGGCACUAUUUUGUAUGCAACUGCAUCAAUAUGAAUCUUGUGUCUUCUCUCGGACACACCCAUCCAACUACCAACAUCCACAUUGCCUGCCAGACUUUAACAAAUCCCUCAAGUCUCACCCAACUGUCCCGGCCCCUUCAGCACAGCACCCCACGGAAAAUCCUCCGCAUCAAAAGCCUCAAACCCAUGACAAACCGAGUCCCCCAACCCUGUCUUCCCAUCCAGCAGUAUCGGGUCAUCCCUCUUUCCGAUCAACCUCUGCGCCAACCACCUUUUUGGAUCCAAGCUGAAUUUCACCACAGGCUUAACCUCGACCUUCAUCCAAAACGGCUCUCCCGGCCUCGGCAGGCCAUAUCCCACGCUACCGAGUUCGCGCCCUCGUCAUGGUCAUCGUCUUGAGCUAGAUACCCGUGCAGCUCUGCCUGGCCUUCUUCCAUCUUGGUCGUUUCCUUGGCCCAGCGGGGUGUGACGCCGACGGAAGGGCCGAGGCCAAAGGGGGUGUCGAAUAGGGUCAAGGGAGCGGCGAUUUCAAAGGUGUUGGAGUUUGUUCUUGUUUGUGGGGGGCCGAUGAUGGAGACGGGGGCGAAGUUGGAGAUGAUGGGGUCGUAGCUUGGGGAGGCUGAGGGGAGGGAGGGUUUGGAUGGGGAGGUGGUGUGGGUGAAGGUGAGGGUUAUUUCUGCCGAGGAGAAGCGGGAGGUGGAGGUGGUGGGGAAGCGGAAGGUGAAGUCUAGGGCUAGGAGGCAGGAGGGGAGGGAGUGAUAGGUGCCGUAUUGGACGUGGCGGAGGUAGGCGGUGUAGGAACUGGGGGAGAGGGAGGAGUGGGUCGCUAGGGGGCGGUUGAUGCGGGAGUUGUUUUUAAUCGCGAGGGUUGGGGGAACAGAAGGGUCGGGAAUAAGGGGGGAGGUGAUGGCCCAGGGGGAGGUGGAGAUUUCUUC